AUGCCUGCGCGUUCUGUUCCUCGAUACCGGGCAGGAGUAUAUGUUACUCAGAGGCAAGGAGGGAGUAGCGGACAAAGACAGACGAGAAAGAAUAUAGUUCAUGGGAGUUUUAACAAGUCUGACAAGACUAUUGAUGAAAUAAGCAUAAGAAUGGUUCUUGAACUUGGUGAGCAUAUCCGUAACUCGAAACGUGGCGCUGACUGCUACACUAUGAAGGUUAUAGUUGAGCUAUCUCCAAGAAUUAGCUGGUUUUGGUGUAGUGGUGAAGUUGAAAUUAUAGGUGAAGUUGAAAUAGGAGGUGAAGUUGAAAUAGGAGGUGAAGUUGAAAUUGAACUUGGAGGUAUGAAAUGUUUGUAUGUGUAUAUAUGUAUGUCGACCAAUGAUCGUAGUUGGAUGAAUCGUCGAUUAGAAAGUAACCGAAUAACACUUACUCCGGAAUACAAAUUGGGUGUUGAGCAAUUUAUAAAAUUUGCAAUUGAGAAUAAAGGUGUAGUUGAAGAUUUGAUGAAGUGUCCAUGUGUUAAUUGUAAAAAUGGGACAUGGGAGACCAUUGAAAAUGUUAGAUAUCAUUUGAUAGCUAAUGGAAUUUGCUUGGGUUAUAAAAUUUGGACAUCUCAUGGGGAGUCAUCACGAAGAAAAAAUAAUCGUGUUCAAAGAGAAGUUGAAAAACCGGUAGACAUGGAAGCGAUGUUAAGAGAUGUUGGAGCCGAACCUAAGGCUUGUACUAGUAGAGUAGAAGAACCACCUAAUGCGGAUGCUUCCGAAUUUUACAAAGAAGUCAAUAGAUGUGGAACACCAAUAUAUCCGGGAAAUACCAAUUACACAAAACUAUCUUUCACCACAAGGUUGUUGCACUUUAAGAAUGAAUCCCAUUGUAGUGAGAAAUCUUUUAAUUUGUUACUUGAGAUUAUUGGCGAUGUUCUUCCACCAAAACACACAUUACCAUCUACUUACUAUGAGUUGAAGAAAAUAGUAAAGGAAUUGAAGCUUUCAUACAACAAAAUUGAUGCUUGUGAAAAUAAUUGCAUGUUGUUUUAUGGGGAUGAUAAAGACAAAAAAGAUUGUGAUCAUUGUGGAAAGAGUCGUUACAAAGAAGCAUGUGGAAAAAAGAGUACCACAAUUCCUCGUAAGAUUUUAAGACAUUUUCCUCUUAUAGAUCGUCUCAAAAGAUUAUUUAUGUCGGAGCAUACGGCUAAACAAAUGACAUGGUACAAGAAUAGAGAGGUAAAAGAGGGAGAAAUUAGUCACCCCUCGGACGGAGAUGAUUGGAAAAAUUUUGACUUGCAACACCCUUCGUUUGCUAAGGAAUUUCGUAAUGUACGACUUGGUCUUUCAACCGAUGGUUUUAAUCCUUUUGAUAAUUCCGGUAAUAAAGUAUAUAGUCUUUGGCCGGUAGUAGUUGUUGUGUAUAAUCUUCCUCCAUCGAUGUCAAUGAAAAAACCCUACAUGUUUUUGACUCUCAUUAUUCCGGGUCCGGAUAAUACAAAGAAGGAUCUUCAUGUAUUUCUUCGUCCGCUUAUUGACGAGUUAAAGAUUUUGUGGCAUAGUGGAGUUGAGACAUUUGAUCAAUCACAAAAAAAUAAUUUCCACAUGAGGGCGGCAUUGAUGUGGACUAUAAGUGACUUUCCGGCUUUAGCACAACUCAAAGGAUGGUCAACAAAAGGCAAAUGUGGAUGCCCGGUUUGUCUUGGAAGUGUAAAAGGCUUCCAACUUAAAAAUUGUGGAAAGCCAUGUUGGUAUGGGACUAAUCGAAUUUUUUUGAAUGAAAAUGAUUCUUUACGGAAAAAAGGACCCAAGUUCGCAAGUACGGAGCGGGCCGUUUUUAGGGGUCGGAUGAGUGGGGAGUAUGAAAUAUCAACAUUUAAUCAUUUGCAAUUCCCUCCUCCCGGAAGAUUGACCAAACAACGAGCUUUGGGUUAUGGCAAAGAACACAAUUGGACUAGUAGGCCAAUUUUCUAUGAACUUGAAUAUUGGUCGUCACUUAGGUUACGUCAUUGUAUUGAUGUUAUGCAUACCGAAAAGAAUGUUUUUGAAAAUGUAUUUUACACAAUUGUGGAUGACCGUUUCAAGUCAAAGGAUCACAACAAGUCUAGGAUGGAUUGUAAGGAACUUGGUGUGAUGUCCGGGUUAUGGUUAAAUAAUGGGGUGAAGCCAAAGGCACGUUUUACGCUUACAAGACCCCAACUUCGCCAAUUAUGUGAAUGGGUAUCAUCAUUAGAUCUUCCCGACGGGUGUUGCUCAAAUCUAGCUCGAUGUGUCAAAAUGGAUGUUCUCAAGUUUCACGGGUUAAAAUCGCAUGAUUGUCAUAUUUUUAUGCAAAAAUUGAUGAGUAUUGCUUUUCGUGAGUUUUUACCUCGUGAUAUUUUGGAUGCCCUUGCGGCACUAUCAAAUUACUUUGUCGAUAUUUGUUCGACAAUUCUAGUACGUAGUGAUCUAGAACUUCUAGAGAAAUCCAUAGUAAAGACACUAUGUGUGCUAGAAACUAUUUUCCCCCCAAGCUUUUUUGAUAUUAUGGAACACUUGGUUUUACACUUGGCCGAAGAAUGUCGUCUAGGGGGACCCGUUCACUAUAGAUGGAUGUAUCCUUUUGAACGGUUGUUAAAGUUUAUGAAAGAUAAGAUCAAGAAUAAGGCACGAGUGGAAGGUUCAAUUGCGGAAAAAUAUGUCGAAGAAGAAACCGUCAACUUUUGUUCAUAUUACUUUAAGUCCAAUGUUGGCACGGUUCAUAACACCGUGGGAAGGAACGAAGUUGCGGUUGAGAAACAAGAUGAUAGUAUUUUGGAGGUUUUUAGAUAUCCAAUUGAGUGUUUGGGAAAACAUGUUGUUCGAUACUUGGAUGAUGAUGAAUACUUCAUUGCGGAAUAUUAUGUUCUCUUGAACAUGCCAGAGGUUCAACCAUAUAUUCGAGAAUACGCAUCUUAUACGGGUGCAACGCCCGAAGAAUUGGAAUCACUUCUCAAGACUAACUUCAAAAUUUGGUUCAAAAAAAAGAUUGAGAAUGAUGUUGCAAUAUAUCCACGGUUCAAAGAUCUACUUAAUGGACCAUCUCGCAUGAUUAUGACAUUUCAAUCUUGCAAGGUUAAUGGAUAUAAAUUUCGUUGUAAGGAUAAAUCCGGUGUCCUUGUCAAAGGUACAUCUCAUGUUAAUGCCCUUGAAAAUUAUUAUGGUCAAUUAGAAGAAAUUAUUAGACUUGUUUAUAGGGGGGGAAAUCAUGUGUAUUUGUUUAAAUGUUGUUGGUUUGAUUCCGCGGGAAGCGGUGUACGUGUUGACAAAAAUCGAAUUGUUAGUAUAGACAUAAAGUCAAGACUGAGGUCGAACGAGGUAUUUGUUUUAGCAAGUCAAGCGACUCAAGUGUAUUAUGCACCAAGUGUAUUAAAUCCUCGUAGUAACUUCUAUACGGUUAUUUCAAUUAAAAAUAGUCCUCUUGAUGAAUCAACUACCCCUUCUACCGAAAAUCCCUACCAAGAAAAUAUAUCUAAUGCAUCCACUUCAAUAUUUUCAUUGUUCGUUGACUUUGCACAAUAUGAGCCAAUUCCGAGAAUUCGAUUCGAAGAUCAUGAUAAUGAUGAAGUUGAUGACGAUGAUGAAGAUGAAAACAAUGAAGAGUUUGAUGAGGAAGAUCAAGAAAAUGAAGAAGAAAUAGGAGGAGGAGAAGAAGAAGAGGAAGAAGAAGAAGGUUAUGAAGAUAUUGAUUAG